AGCUAACCAGCACCUUUGCUUUUCCUUCUACUCAGACGACUGGCAGCGGCUAAUAAUCAUCAAAUCUUAUACGUUCUCUGACCUGCAACAAAGAACGAAUAAGAUUUGAAGAUUAUUACCCAGAAUGCCUAUCCUAUCCGCACCGAAGCCGCCAGUCGACGAUUCGGACGACCUGCGCAAGUUCAGAGAAGCUUGGAAGGCAGAAGUACAACGACGACGAGGGCACGGUCAUCACCCCUCGACCGACUCCACUGCACAUGACACCGUCGACAAUGUUCAGGACGGUCAAGAUGACUCGGAAUGCCUCCCCUCCACCAGCACCGGCACUCCGGACGCCGCCCCCCGCAUACGAGGCAAAGUACCCACUGUCCAUCCCACCUCCACCAGCACCGUCCACUUGAACCCCAAGCUUACUGCCGCUCUCGACGUCUACCGGCGCGCUGUCCAGUGCGAGCAGAGGGGAGCUCUCGACGAUGCGCUCACGCUCUACCGGCAAGCGUUCCGGAUGGAGCCCAACAUCGACCGCCUGUACCAGAGGGAGGAGAUGAUUCUCACCAUGCUCGAGCCUCCACCCGCACCCCCUUCCGCGGACGAGACGCUAGCGGGACAGUUGCAGAAGGGACUCGUGCCGCAACCAGCGGUGCAGGUGCAGGGCGUCGUGACUGGUACACUGGCGAGCGUGAUCGCGGAGUUCCCCCACGAUGUAUCCUUCCAGCCAGAGGACGAGACGCAGGGCGUCCCACUCAACAUGCUUCCCGACGAAAUCCUUGUUCACAUACUUCUGAUGGUGGACGUGACCACGCUGGAGCGGUUCGCCACUGUCAGUCAGAAGACGCGGUUGCUGACUCUGGAUUCUGGGAUAUGGAGAGCACUUGUAGUCUCAACGUACCAGCCACCCCAGGUCCCCUCAAUGGAAGCAUUGACAUCCGUCGUCGCGAGCUUCCAGUCGGACUACCGAAGGUUAUACAUUGAGCACCCGCGAGUGCGGCUGGAUGGCGUCUACAUAGCUGUCUGUCAUUACGUUCGGCAGGGCCUCAGCGAGAACCACUGGGUGAACAUCAGCCACCUCAUCACCUACAACCGCUUCCUCCGCUUCUUCCCCAACGGUGAUGUCCUCACGCUGCUCGCGAACGAGGAACAUGCGCCGAAGGAUAUCAUCCCGCAAUUGAAGCCAGAGCUUAGGAUGCAGGGCCUUCUCCGCGGGCACUGGCGCAUAGUCGGCGACACCGUCGAGCUCACCAACCUCAUGGAUGCCAGCGGACGCUACGAGCCGCGACGCCCCCGCCGGGGCUCGCACGCGCAACAUAACCCCCCUCGGCCGCGCUACGCCUUCACUAUGGACCUCCAGCUCCGCUCCCGGCCGCUUGGGCGUUGGAACAAGCUCGAGAUGGCCUCGUACAACGUGAUGAAUUUGGAGACCGGGGACAUCUCGCCCGUGGCGCUGAAGAACGAGCGCCCGUUCUGGUUCUCCAAGGUCAAGUCGUACGCGAGCUGAGGUGUGGCAAAGUGUGUCAUCUGUCGAUACGGGCGGAAUCUACAUGCUAGACCUUGCAGAUUAUCUCACUAUAGUAGUGUCUUCUCCAUCCGUCAUGCUACCGCCUCGCCUCCAGGCAUACUACGUGCAGUUGUACGGGCUAGCGACGCGAUGCGCAGACUAUAGAUGUGAAUCAGCGGUGCGCUCACAUGCAAAAGCACACCGAUUUCGAGCGUGGCCACCGUGAAGGAAACAAUCAAUCGGCAUCACUGUUGGAAUCUUG